AGUUCAUACCCAUAAAUCGGACACCAAAAUCUGCACCAGAUCUCAACCAGAUCCCAAUUCCUACGCCAAAUUCCUUGAUAUGGCGGCAUCACGGCGUCUCCGGGACCUACAAUCGCAGCCAGGCAACAAGACCUGCGUCGAUUGCUCACAGAAGAACCCUCAGUGGGCCUCCGUAUCCUAUGGUAUCUUCAUGUGCUUAGAGUGUUCCGGCAAGCAUCGGGGCCUUGGUGUCCACAUCUCAUUUGUCCGAUCUGUCACCAUGGAUUCGUGGUCUGAGAUCCAGCUCCGGAAAAUGGAGUCCGGCGGCAACGAGAACCUCAACAACUUCUUAUCUAAGUACGGGAUUCCGAAAGAGACGGAUAUUGUAUCAAAGUAUAAUACCAACGCUGCUUCGGUUUAUAGGAACAGGAUCCAAGCCCUGGCGGAUGGAAAACCCUGGCAAGAUCCACCGGUUGUGAAGGAGAGUCCGAUUAAAGGUGGUGCUGGUGGUAAGAAGCCUCCGUUGUCGGUAGGGAGUGGUGGAAGGGGCGGAAGUAGUGGAGGUUGGGAUAGCGAUUGGGGGGAUAAUGGUUUUGAUGAAAGAGGACUUGGAUCUCCGGAUAGUAUGAGGAGGAAUCAGACUGUUGGAGAUUUUCGAAGCGGUGGCGGCGGCGGCGGGAUGCCGGCUAGGUCAAGAUCAACGGAGGAUAUGUAUACACGGUCGCAAUUGGAGGCAUCUGCGGCGGGAAAGGAGGGGUUUUUCGCGAGGAAGAUAGCGGAGAACGAGUCGCGGCCGGAGGGAUUGCCGCCGUCGCAAGGAGGGAAGUAUGUAGGAUUUGGGUCGUCUUCUAAUCCCAUGCCACGGACCAAUCCACAAGGGGAUGUUCUUACUUCCGUUACUCAGGGACUUGGUAAGUUAUCUGUUGUUGCUGCAUCUGCUGCACAGUCGGCUGCCAGUGUGGUUCAGGCUGGCACCAAGGAACUCACAACAAAGGUUAGAGACGGGGGCUAUGAUCACAAGGUGAACGAAACCGUCAAUGUUGUCACAGCAAAGACCACAGAAAUUGGACAAAAGACAUGGGGAAUCAUGAAAGGUGUCAUGGCAUUUGCUUCACAGAAAGUUGAAGAGUUAGCCAAAGAAAAUCCCACCUGGAAGAGUGAUGGCUGGCUAAGAAAUGAAACACAGGAAAAUGGGGUUUAUCAGGAGUUUAAACAGGAACGCAAAGGAUGGAAUUCAAAUGGAACUUCCAAUCGUGUCCCUUCGUCUGGUGGGAAUGGUGGUUCUGUCAGCUCAUCAGACAGAAAUUUUAACUCUGUGGAGUCUGGCUCUUGGGAUGAUUGGGAUAAUGAUGGCAAUAGGAAGAAUGCAUCUACCACAGGGACUGCACCUGCCAAUGGGGAUGACUGGGCAGGUUGGGAUGAUGCUAAAGAUGACGGGUAUGACGGUUUCUAUAAGAGCGCAUCUUCUGAUGGCAAAACCGCAAGUCAAACCGGCAAAUCAGAUGGAAACUGGUCUGGGGCAGGCUUUCUCUGAGAUGAGGGCUUGUGGUUCAGAAAAUGUUUAUAUUGUGUACAAUUGUCAAUGGUGAGGGCUAAUUGCCCAACUAAAAAGUUGUUUUUGGGUUGAAAUUUAGACUCUUUGGAUUUGUAAUGAUUAGUUUUCUCAAUUUUCAGUUGUGAAUCUGGUUAUGUACUUUUGAUAUAGACACAAGUGAUAUAAACCAUUUGUUAAAUUUCCA